CCACCUUUUGGCUUGUAGACCUAGUUGUGAUGCUCGGUUCGGAAGACGUCGUCAUGUACCCCCUUCGGAGGUAUUCUUCGUCCAUUUCAAAGAAUGGACGUCUCCACCGACAGAAGCAAAUCGUUCAGAUUCGAAGAGGAUGCACCAAACCGAGAAGUAUUUGUAGUAUUUAAAUGAAUAGGGGUGAGCUGAAUGGGGCAGAAAAAGCGGAUCGUCCUGAUCUCAUACAUUGGAGUCUCAUAUUGGUCUUGUACAAGACCACCUUUAGUUUAUAUGAGAAUUUAUGAAAUCGAUAAAAAAAUUUUGGAGUACUGAUAUUGGAGAAAAGGUAUUGUUACAAGUGUAUUGUUAAGUAGAUUGUGGAUAAAAAGUGUAAAUUAAAAGAGCAAAAUUGUGAAAAUUAUAUAUGGGGUAUUGUUCAAAAAUAAAAUAUGCAUAAAUUUGAUGGAUGUACCAAAAAGAAAGAGUAUGUAUAAAUAUGGAAGACAGAUAGAGUAACAAAUUUCAAUCGUACUCAAAUAAACCUCAAAAUAAAUAAAUAAAUAAAUAAAUAAAAUAAAAAUAAAGAAAGAAACUAAAAUGCAUAAAGCAGAAACUAAAUUUUUGGCAACAUUAUGGAAACCAACGGCGACUCCAAACACCCAAACCAUAAUACGACGAAAACAAACACACAUCAUUACUCACUCCUGCUGUGGCGGCAGCUCCCUCUUUCAGGGUAAUGGAUACUGGAGGUAACUCUUUACCGUCUGGAGCAGACGGGUCGAAAAGAAAAGUGUGCUAUUUCUACGACCCUGAGGUUGGAAAUUACUAUUACGGCCAAGGUCAUCCGAUGAAGCCCCAUAGAAUGCGCAUGACUCAUGCUCUUCUCGCACAUUACGGGUUGCUGCAAAACAUGCAUGUCUUGAAGCCAAACCCUGCUCGAGAUAAGGAUCUUUGCAGGUUUCACGCAGAUGAUUACGUCUCUUUCUUGAGAAGAAUCACCCCGGAGACGCAACAAGAUCAGUUGAGGCAGCUGAAGAGAUUCAAUGUUGGGGAGGACUGCCCUGUUUUUGACGGCCUUUAUUCCUUCUGUCAGACCUACGCUGGAGGCUCCAUCGGUGGUGCUGUGAAGUUAAAUCACGGACAUUGUGACAUUGCCAUAAAUUGGGCCGGUGGGCUGCACCACGCCAAAAAAUGCGAGGCUUCUGGUUUCUGCUAUGUCAAUGAUAUAGUGCUGGCCAUUUUGGAACUCCUUAAAACGCAUGAGCGUGUCUUAUACGUGGACAUCGACAUUCAUCAUGGUGAUGGAGUUGAAGAGGCUUUCUAUAUAACUGACAGAGUCAUGACUGUUUCCUUCCACAAAUUUGGAGAUUAUUUCCCUGGUACUGGGGACAUACGAGAUAUUGGAUUCGGAAAGGGGAAAUAUUACGCGCUUAAUGUCCCGUUAGACGAUGGAAUCGAUGACGAAAGCUAUCAAUCCUUAUUCAAGCCAAUUAUUAGUAAGGUAAUGGAGGUUUAUAGGCCUGGAGCAGUGGUCUUACAAUGCGGGGCUGAUUCCCUAUCCGGGGAUAGGUUAGGCUGCUUUAACCUCUCAGUUAAAGGUCAUGCAGAGUGUGUCAGGUUUAUGAGAUCUUUCGAUGUACCCCUUCUUUUACUCGGUGGAGGUGGCUACACGAUACGCAAUGUCGCUCGUUGCUGGUGUUACGAGACAGGAGUGGCGCUUGGGAUUGAGGUCGACGAUAAGAUGCCACAGCACGAAUAUAUAGAGUAUUUUGGCCCAGACUACACUCUUCAUGUUGCUCCGAGUAACAUGGAAAACAAAAACUGUCGGGACAUGCUCGAAGAAAUAAGAGCAGAGCUUCUAAAAAAUCUGUCAAGACUUCAGCAUGCUCCAAGUGUUCAGUUUCAGGAGCGGCCACCCGACAUUGAACUACCUGAGGUUGACGAAGACGAAGAAAAUAAGGAUGAACGGAAACGCCCUGAUUCGAACGUUAACAUUGAUUAUGAAAGGAAUUCUACGCCUAGCAGGGUGAAGAUGGAAUUUGUUGAACCUAUGGCAAACGACAAGAACGACGAGGCCGUGGAUGAACUUGCUCGAAAGAUAGAUUCAACACUUGCGCCUACAAGCUCAAAGGGCUCAAUGGCAGCUGCAGAAGUAGAUGGCAUGCAAUAUGUUAAGCUCGAGAAGGAGAACACGAAAACCCUACUCGAUGAGCUUGCCCAGAUGGAUCAGCAUUGACCUUUCAUCGAUUUGAAAAGACAGAUCAGACAAUGAAGUGCAACUCAAUUGGUAGGCAGUUUAGAUUGCAUGCAUGGGAAGUGGAAAAAUUGUCCUACCGCGUGGGCAGGACAAUAUGCAGGUCGUAGUGAAAGUCCUAAGAUUAUUCUUGAAGUUGUAGCGGAUUAUGAUAUUUGGAUAUGGAUUAUUAUUUAGCUGAUGGUAUAAAUCUUAAAUGGUCUACCCUUGUGCAAAC